AUGUCGUCAGCGCCGACGCCAGAAGCUCCCAAUGGUGCUGACGGGGACCAGCAAGCUCCCCCAGCUGUGGCAGCGUCAGCGGCAUCUCCUCGAAGCACGAACCCAGAGCUCGAGCUCUCCAAGCUACAGUCGCUCCCCGCCGAACAGCAAGACUUGUUCCUAUUGACCUUCGUAUCGACGUUUAGCAAGCAUGUCUUGUCCCUCUCUGCAGACGACUGCACAGCGCAGCAAUUCUACCUGAAGAAGGAGGUCUUCCAGAUCAUCAAUCUGACCACUCCUGCGCCGACGCGGGUCAUACGCAACAACCUGGGGAAAUGCCUAGCACACAUCUUCGAACGCGGAGACAGGAAAUUGCUAUUCGAGACAAUCAAUGAUCUUGUCACACUUGCGUCCAGCGGCAAGUCCAAAGGCGAUGGCGAGACACGGACGAAGCAUGCGGCGGUCGUGUGCUUGGGUGAUGUAUACGGGGCCGCAGGCGAUAGUGCCAUCGGCUUGCAUCAGCUAGCAUGCUCGACAUUGGUCAAGCUUCUGAAGAACUCGGGGAACAAUGCGGGCAUGCGCGCGGCUGUCCUUAUAGCUCUGAGCAAGAUAGCCAAGAUGGUGGAAGGCAGCUUGGACGAGAACAUCGCCCGUGAUAUUUGGAAACAAGCACGGAGCCACGCAUCCUCUGACAAGGGAUCUUUGGUGGUGGUGGCUGCAUGCCGCUGUUUGAAGGCUCUUGUUCGACAUACGUCGUACUUCAAGAAUUCGAGCGACUUUGAGAAGUUGCAGUCGACUAUCUUCAAGGCAUUCGAACUUGCUUCCCAGCAAGCCCGACAUGCUGCCGCUGACUGCCUGGCUGAGGCUGCCCAUCGAGGCUACUCUGAGACUGCUGUGAGCGAGCUGCCAGCGCUGAAGAGGGUCAAGUCGAAAGCAGCGAAACAUACGAUCCUCCAGGAUGUUGUUGGAGCUAAGAUCCUGGGAGAGACUGGGCAGACUCACGUUGCCAAAGCGCUCAUAAACGACAUCCUCAAGAACUACCCCCAGGCACUCAAAGAGCGCCCUGAACCGACAAAGAACACUCUUAUUGCGGCGAUGGGUGCCUUAGGUUCUCUCAUUACGGCUCUUGGCACAAACGAACUGCGAGUCGCCAGCACCCAAAUACAAGUCGCAUGGAUGUUGAUCGGGGGCUUGAUGUCGCUGGGACCCAAUUUUGUCAAGAUACAUCUGUCACAACUUUUGCUGCUGUGGAAGAAUGCGCUGCCAAAACCCCUUGCGAAAGACAACACAUCUGCUCGCAACUACACAGAAGCAUCUUUCCUCGCACAUGUCAGAGAGUGUGCGCUUGGAUCCAUUCUAGCUUUCCUUCAGUUCAACAGUCGUCUAUUGACUGUCGACGUCUCCAAGCGCAUCGCAACUAUGCUACAAAGCACCACUGCGUUUCUUAGGACAUUGCCCAGGAAAAAGACUACAGAUGACAUCUCAGAGCGCCUAGCACCUGCAUUACAACUCCAGGACAUUGAUAUGAUGGUACAGCGCCGUGUGAUGCAGUGUUAUAUCAAGUUGGUAAACACCAGUCCAGCCGGAGGUAGUGAGGCUUUGCUGCAGUCGAAUCUGCUCACCCAAGCCGUAUCUUUGUUCGCUGACCCGGAUAACUAUUCGCCAAGUUCGCUCAGUGCCGCUAUUGCUAAUGCGGCUGGCACAUUUGAGACUAUAUGGGACGUUGGUGACAAUUCAGGCUUUGGCGUUACUGGUCUUGUAUCUGGUUUCAAGGUCAAGAGCCUACCUGGCCAACAUGAGAGUUCAAUUGAACCAUCCUUCAACGAUGAAAAUGGGCCGGAGGACAUCAUCGAAAACCUCCUAUUGUCGCCCGUCUGUGGCACACUUGAGCAUGAUGCCUCUCUUUUGUACAUUGAGGGUGCUGAUCACCCAAGCGGACUUCCAGACCCACCAGCAACUGAGGUAGUCAACAUGGCCAUCCAGCUGUUUGCAUUUGUUUUCCCUCUCACACCGGCCAAAGUCCAAGAAAGCAUUUUAGAGCAAAUUGCUACAUUCAUGGCCGCUGGUUCUUUACAGAGAGAUACAGCACGCAAAGCGGCUAUCAACGUCAAUGUUGCAGUCGCCCUCUUAUUGACUCUGAGAGUUGCCGUCAAGGAGACUCAGUCAUCGCCUGGCGACGUCACUGCUCUGGCUGUUGAGAAACUCCUUCAAGACAUGAUCAGGAACUUCGUACUUGAUCCAGAUCAGUAUGUCCGUAGCAUUGGCUACGCCGCGGUGGCCCGACUUUGCAAUGCCAGUGGCAACGCCUUCACGAACCACGAGAUCAAGUUUUUGGUCGAUACUAUUGUCAUCAACCGUGAGCCCAGCGCACGAGCCGGCUGCGCCAUGGCCCUGGGUUGUAUCCAAGCUAAGGUCGGUGGCAUGGCUGCUGGCUAUCAUCUGAAGACAAUCUUGGGCAUUUUGAUGUCUUUGUGCAACGACCCACAUCCAACUGUGCACUUCUGGGCACUUGAAGCCCUUGCUCGAGCAGCUGACGCCGCCGGCCUUGGUUUUUCACCAUAUGUAUCAAGUACGCUGGGGAUGCUGGCUCAGCUUUACGUGUCAGACACCCAUAAUCCCGAAAUAGCUUCUGCGAUCUCCAUGAACUUGGAGAUGGAGCUUUCUACCGCUGCAGCGAUAACUCGCUCUGUCGAUUCCCUGAUCAAUGUUCUUGGCCCUGACUUACAAGACAUUACAAAAUCUCGGGAGUUGAUCUUCACACUGGUUGGACAAUUCCAAGAAGAAGAAGAUCUAGAGGUCCAGAGGGCAAGCCUUAAUUGUCUUGAGCAUCUGUCUCUGUACGCCCCUGGCUAUAUGGUCUUUGGAGACUACGUGAGGCUCUUGCAAAAAUACCUCAAUUCAGAACAUCCGACUCUGCGAGACGCCGCCGUAGACGGUCUCUAUAACAUCAUGAAGAGAAACCCCUACGAUGUUAUCGAAGCCGCCGAGCAAGGCUUUGAAGACCAAUUGUGGCUUGUCCUUGACACCGUUCCCAGCCACGAUGGGAUUCGAAAUAUCAUUCGCAAUUGGAUGCGGCAGACCUGCCUGACGGACACGGCGCUCUGGUUGCAACGCUUCCAAGGUGUUCUAAGAAUGACUCGGCCCAAGGCGGUCGAAGAUAAUCGAGCCUCUACAAAGAAGGUCAGCAAUAUGCCAGAUCUUCAAGAUGAGGAAGUCGCUGGCUUUGCUGCAGCAGGUGGCGUUGCUAAAGAUGAGAAGGAGGGAGGUUCAGGCUCGGAUGUUGAACCACUUAGGUGGCAAGUAACAACCUUCGCCAUGGGCUGUUUAAAUGACAUAUUCCUCCUCACCAACAAGGAUAUCAUGACAAAUGGAGAAUCACCAGCACAGACAGCACUACAAGGCAAGAUUGCCGAUGUGGUUCGCAUGGCAUUCUCGGCUUCAACCUCGGGAGUUCUGGAGCAACGUAUCUGGGGUCUUAAGAUCAUUGGUGCUGUCCUUAAAAUGUUUGGCAAGAGUCCUGAUCCGGAUUUUGACGAGGCAAUGCUUCUUGAGCAAUACCAAGCUCAAAUCAGCUCAGCCCUGACACCAGCAUUUGCCGCGGACUCCUCUCCAGAGUUGGCCUCCGAAGCCGUCAACGUCUGUGCUGCGUUUAUUGCCACCGGAAUCGUGACAGAUAUCGAUAGAAUGGGCAGAAUUCUCAAGACUCUUGUCAGUGCUCUUGAGAACUUUGCACAAGACAAUGAGAACGUCGGCAUCGGAGACCUCAAGGGCUUGAGCUCAAAUGCUCAAGUAAUGGUGAAAAUGUCAGUCUUUGCGGCAUGGGCUGAACUUCAGGUUGCCAGCUCAGAGCAGAAAUAUCUGCUUGAUGUGCUAAAACCGCAUAUUGGGAAGCUAACACCACUGUGGCUUGAGUCUCUGAGAGAGUUCGCCCGCCUACGCUUCGAGCCGGACAUCUCUAUGACCCUUGGGCCUCCAUCAUUGUCCGGAAGUCUCGACACAAUUUACGCUGCUCUAAAUCGGGAGACGCUUCUGAGAUUCUACCAAGACACUUGGCUCAAACUUGUAGAUGCCAUUGCAAGCCUGAUUGAACAAGACAGCGAAUUCGUCUUCGAAGCACUGGAUGGCAAAGGACCAACGGCUCCAUCUACGAACGGUCACUCCAAAGGACCCGAUAUCAAUUAUCGUGAUGAGCCAGUCGCAUUCUUCUUUGUCCUUUUCGGCAUUGCAUUUGAAGCACUUGCGACAAAGCCAGGCCAAGUCGAUUCACUAGCAACGCAGGAACAGACACUUGAGAUUCUCCAGGCUCUCAAGAAGAUAUUACAUCCUAGUGUCUCCGGUCUUGCUAUCUACCGAGAAGCGAUAUUCUCAGAGACUAUGGAUAUCCUGGACCGCAUGGUACUUACCGAGGGCCUUGACGUGCAACGAGUGAUUGUCGAAAUUGCCAGGGCCCUAUGCGUUGCCCAUCCGGCAGCAAGGAAAGCUGAAGAGCCUGACAACAGCGAGCUGUCUGACGAUAUUGAACAGCUAUUUGAGCUGACCCGGAUCAUCGUCCUUGUUCUCUCAGGCCUUCUACCUAACCUUACCGAAGCCAAUCAGCCAGUGCGACAUGUACUGACGGAGGAGGCAAUACUCUUGGUGCGAACGUCCCUUAAUGCGUUGGUAGACGCUGCAGAAGUGUUCCCCUCUAUCAUCAGGACAGAUCUGCAUGCCUGCAUCAUCCAUAUAUUCGCGACCAUACUUGCAACACCCUCAUGUCAAGAAGUCAUAGUUCCUCAGUCUCUUUCUACGCUAAAACGGUUCAUCAUCACGAUGACAAGAACAAGAAAACCAGGUGAUGGCAGCACCGAUGUGCAACUACAGGGAUGCCUACGCAGAUUCUUGUCCAUCUAUCUACACGCGCAAAAGCGAGAGGAAGCGACAUCCCUGCAAAACGUCAAGAACAGCCUUUUGGCCAGCACUAUUCUCUUCACUAGCGGGCAGAAUCAGUUGCCGGCGAAUGAUCCCCUGGUGGCGCGGUACCUUGAAGAGGUGGUCGACUGUCUCACGGAUCGUAUGACUGCUAAGAUCGCUGCGAAUUGCAUCAGGUCGCUGCUGCUUCAGUCAUCACCCACUCCCGCGGACGAGUCGAUAGCCCGCUACUUGCUGCCGCGGCUGCUUUCGUUCGUCAGCAACACAGAGCCAGAGGAUCCAGAGCGUGCUCGGAGCCUCGUCUCUCUGACGCUGUCGCAGUACGUAGCGACGGUGUCCAAGGACCACGUCGCCAUUGCAAUGGCACUCGUCGUGCCAACCCUUCUGUCGCGCGCUGCCAGCGAGGGCGCCGAGGGUAACGUUUAUCGGGAGACCAGUGCCCGGCUCCUGGAGAUGGCGUCUGUAGACCAGGCUUCCUUCAGGGGCAUUGUGGCCGGCAUGAGCGAGGGCCAGAAGGCCUUCAUGGAAGAGGUCAUCAAGUCGGGCCGGCAGACCGGGGUCACGGAGACGGACACGGGGGCAAGCGGCGGACAACCGACUAUUGCGCUGAAGAUGAACUUUGGGAGCUGA